UGAAAAUAUAAACCCCAACACAGUAACCCAGUCAUCUCACUCUAAAUAUGGACGAAGAAGAACUGAUUUUAUGUACUCACUGCAAUAAAGAGGUGGCGAAGGAAAACUAUGAUCUGCACGAACCACACUGUAAGAGGUUUCUGUGUAUAUGCCCUGACUGCGAUGAAACUGUGCCUCGAGAUCAACUGGAGCAGCAUAAAACCGAACAGCACACAGAGGUCAAAUGUAAGAUGUGCAAUAAAAAGAUGGAGAGAAGGCAUCUAUUGGAUCAUGAGAAAGAUGAGUGCACUGAGAGGCCUCCGAUCUGUGAGUUUUGUCAGCUUGAGCUUCCUCUGAGCAAUCUAAAAGAGCACAAAGUGUCCUGUGGGAGUCGCACGGAGCGCUGCUCUGACUGCGGCUGGUACGUUAAACUGAUGGACCAGCUUGAGCACGCUCAGAUCUGCUCUACUACCACCCCCACAGCAUCAAAGGACCUUGUCCCUGAGGAUGAUACUUCUGACACAGAUGAGCAGACUAUGUUGCAGUGUCAGAAUUGUCUGAAAUACAUUCCCUCAGAUAAGCUGAAGGAACACAAGCUGCUUUGCAAAAAGUCCUUACAGUUUGCAGACGUCGAGGAUGAUGACUCAGAGGAAGAGGAUGAAAACCCCAAUCCUGGAAAUAACAGCACUCCAGACGCUGCAGAUUUCUCCUUCUCAUCAGUGCAAAAGGUGAAGAGAGACAGAAACAUUGACAUGGACCUGGAUAAGAUAAGCACCUGUCCGCUCUGUCACCUGGCUCUUCCUGUAAAGACGCUGGAAUGGCAUGAGACAUCUGAGCAUGGCAUGAUGGCUGGUGAAAUCAAAGCUAAAUAUGGUUGCUGGAAACUGUAAACUCGCCAAUCAUCGCAAAUAAAAAUAUAAAAUAUUUUGUUGUGGUAU